GCUAUUGGCCAGCUUGCCAGGCACCCGGGACACCGUGGGAAGCGUCCGACCCAUCCUUAUUCGUGCCCGGCCGUGCAGAGCCGAUCACCCACACCCCAGCUACCGCUGCCGAUCGUCUUGCGGAAUGCCACAGGCUACACUAACCACUAACCAGUCAACCGCCUGCGUUCCACGUGGGUGCGACUCCAAGGUUAGUCUAAACCAGGAGUCAGCGGGCCCGCGAAUUCAAUUGACUCUCUCCGAGACGGAAGACGGAGUAGACAUCUGCCAGCUUCACGGCCUGACGGGUUCCUGGUGGAACAAUGGCACGACUAGAACUUUUCGAGAGCGCCUUACCAGAUUGCUUCGCCCCGUCAUGACAUCAGCCUACGAAGCUCAAUCUCGCUUGUGGUGUUUCUACGAAUCAAGCCUAAUUUUAGUGGCUGGGAUAAGCUGAAGCCGAUGCAGCGCACAGGCAGCAGAAUUAAGCUGCAGCGACAGCACAAGGAGUG